GGCGGGCGGGAGGACAGCGGCUUCACCGGUCAGCCAUGGAGGAUGCGGCCCGUGGUCGCCAGCGUUUGAUUUCCCACCCGACCCACGCUCCUUUUAAUGGGAAUUACCGCUGAUAGCAAAGGCAAGCCGGGACAACCCACCGCCCGACACUUGAGGGGAGGAAAACGCGAAGCGGACCCGACGUCAAUGACUGUUGCGGCAGAGGAGCCCCCACGGUGGAGUCGGCCGGUUCCCAAAAUAUGACCAGGGGUGCUGGGACGUGUUGGCAGCAAGAAGAUGACGACGGCUUCCAAAUCUGGCUAGAGCCCCCCCGCGACAACCAAAAGCCAUUCACCGACUCAGAGAGGGCGCAGAGAUGGCGACUGUCCUUGGCAUCCCUCUUGUUCUUAACCAUCCUCCUCUCUGAUCACCUGUGGUUCUGCGCCGAGGCCACGCUGGCCCGGACCCGGGACAAGUUCGCAUCCACCCACCCUUUGUCACCUCAGACAUACUCAGCACACAGCAGCCUCAGAGGAAACCCAGAUGAUAUUUUUAUAGGAAACUCUACCAAACAUUUGUGGCGGCUCGAAACUUGCCACCGGGAUAGUUUAUCUAACGACUGCUUUACUUUCUUGGAUGCCGACGAGUUGUGCAGGGGCCUUUCCGACAGAGAGGGGACGCGGGCUGUAAAUAUGAGCAAUUUGUACCUUUCCUUUUGUAACUCCUACUCCCUGCUGGAUUUGUUGUACGGCUCGACGAGUCCGGACAAUUUGAACUGCAGCCUCGACGCGCUCGGCGACGGCGACGCGAACCGCUGCAGUCUGUGCGUCCAGGCGUACCAGCGCUACGACCAGCACGCCCAGGAGAAAUACGAGGACUUUGAGCUCCUCACUCAAAAAUACGAGCCGGGGGCAUAUUCGGUGAGGACGUGCAUGGAGCAGUGCAAGGCGGCCUAUAAGCCCUGGCUGUGUGCUCAGUAUUUCCCCACCACCCAGCAGUCCUGCCAGAAGAAGGUGCCGUGCCACCAGUACUGCCUGGAGGUCCAGCAGAGCUGUCCGUUCAUCCUGCCCGAUAACGACGACCUGAUCCACGGUGGCAGCCCCAGCUUCAUCUGCACAGGUCUCUUGGGAGAUCAUCCAUCAGACAGUGAGGCGGAGUGCUGCGACGUCCGAUGGGACUCCAAAAUGGACAACCCUUCAGGCGGCACGCUAAAAAGAACUGCUUCUUCCUGCCAGCCCGUGGGGGCUUCGGUCACCUCCGCCGCCACCCCGAGACUGUGCAGCGGGCGACUGAAGAUCUGCCUGCUGGCCCUUGUCCUCCUACACACUGUCAUUAUCAUUUCAGCCUCCCAUAAUUCUUCGUUGGUGGGCGUGGCUGCCAUUUUCUCGCCAGAGGAAAGUGCUUCUAAUGAGGAGUGAACCUUGGGGUUGAAUCAGGGCUGGAGCUUGCGUAGAGCGAUUGUUGACAGGGAGGAAGACGAAGGCUUUUUACAGUGUCAUGGCUGCCAGGGACACAGCUGGUGAGAUGUGCUGGAAAUGCCUCCACAAGCCUGCUGCCGAUGAACCGCCAACCACAGGAAGUGGGAAGGUUUUAAUUGGAGCGGAGGGUGCUGGAAUUGGACAUCAACUGAAGAGAGAUGUUUGAGAACCACCACCCCUAAAAGAACUGACCUCUUGCCACUUGAAACCUGCUCAUUGUUUCUAUUCCAUCCAAAUGUUUUCUAGCAUAUUGUCCCCCCCCUCCCCUCCCUUCUCUCCGCCCUCCUCCGUCUGUUUUCGAUGUGUGUGUACGGAUAGCAUGUCAGAGGAAAAAUUGGACAUCGAUGAGGUGUGCACUCUCAUUCGUUACUUUUAGAUUUUUGCUGCACUUUCUUUCAGGUGCCAGAAUGUUUUUGACAUAUCAGCUGUUUCCCACUUCCUGCUCUCCAUCACCUUAGACGGAUCUUCUUUACUACCUUGUAUGUGAUGUUGCUCGAGGGCCUGCUGGGACCAGCUCCAUCUAUCACUUGUGGGUCUUGUUUCCCAGAAAACAAAAUGUAUGUGAUUCUGUAUUCUGAUGUUCAGCUUGUGUUUCUGUCAGACCGGACCUUUCCUCAACCCCUUAUGACAGUACAUGCCUACAUAUUUUAGGACCUUAAGUGCUCUGAGACUGGCUCACUUUCUCCUCUAGCUUGUUGGGUUGUUAAGCAAGUUAGGAGAGGUGGAGUGGUUACAAAAAAAAAAAGAAAAGGUAGUGGCAACUCAGCUCACGAUUGCAUGGUGUUGCAGGAACAGAAAGCUCAGAUUAGUCACCGUGUAGCGCUCCUGGGCGGGGGGAAAUGGUGUUUUCUGGUUUCUAAAGUGUUCAGUUUACCUCAUACAGUGGUGUUGGUGUUGCAGACAGGCAGCACGGCGAGUACUUAGACUUGCAGGGACAACCCAGGGACACUAGAGGACAGUUGCAUGAAGCCAAAACACCAGGGGCCUCAUUUAUCAGCCACGCGUAAGCUAUCAAAUUAUCAGUUACACUUGUCAAGACCUUAGUGCUAACCUUAAUGAGGGACUACAUAACAACAUGACUGCACUUAAGCUUAGCCUAUGGACAUCAUAAACUGUGACAUCACCACAGCCCUGUAUCCAUUUACUGAUGCUCAAGGCACGCCAGACUCACUGUAAUAUUCUCCUGAGCGGCAGAUGUUGCCUCUCAGGGAAAAACAAAGAAAUCAUAUCAGUGCUGGUGGGAUUAAAAGAAAUCCAAACUGGAAUCAAAAGGAUUGCAGACUUUGUUUUGUAGAAAGUCUCGCCGUUUCCAGCUGUAGUAGUCUCCGUCUUCGUAAUCUCAGCACUAUUCCACUGAUAUAUCAUGGAAGCGACCCGCUCGUACAGCAGGUUACAAAAAUCAAGACGACAAUCUGAAACACCAAAGUGUAGCGCACGCCGGCAGUUUUGAUGUCACUUUUACUGCACACGGUUGUUUGUGAGGCCAACAGCAGGCUCUAUUCUAAUAGGCAUCAAGCUUUUCUCCAGGAUGUUUGGGUUACUUGUCAUUAAUUAUGACCCCAAAAAAGUUCCGUUUUAUCUCAGUACCUCCUAAAAAGUCAUUAAAAAGUAGAAACAGAAAUUUUGCUGUCAGAAUUGUUAUGUAGCAUUAUUUCUGCCAUUGCACUUACAGUUACAGUUAUGACGGGUAGCUACAGUAAUAUUAUACGUGCAUUGUGGACACAAAUACUACGGUGGCCCUGAGUGGUCAAAUGCAAAUCAACUUUUGAGAGAACACCAGGAAAUAGAGAGACACUGCAGAGGCACACAAAGUACAACAAAAGUACAAAAAUAACACUUUAAAAAAGAGAUACACUUCAAAGAUGUUAAGGGUUCAUCAGUGUUGUAAGGAAGAAAAAGAUGCAGAUGAAGCGUUUUAAUCAUGAGUCAUAUAAUGCUGUAGCUACAUUUUUGCUGUUUAAUGUUAGCUUGUCACUUCCACUACUGUUCCGUGAAGUUAUCGUCUCUUUUUUUUCUAUUUACAUUGUUUUUUUAAUUUAACUUCAUUGGUUUUGUGAGAUUUUGCAGCUGCUGUGUUCUUUUUUGAGAGAACAUGAACAAAUUCAAAUGAUAAGUUUUUAAAAUUUAUUAAAUGGUUGAAGGUUCAAGUUACACAUGGCGCCAUAGGCAUCCCUCUUUCCUGUAUCCCAGACAAAGAAAGGGUGCCACUCCCUAAUUAACAAAGUUUUUAUAUUAUAGUAUAAACAAGACAUGAACUUGAUUGGUUAAAAAUCUGGGGAGGAGCCACGGCUUAGGCUCUCCCUUACUGGUGUUUGGUCUGGUGUCCGGCUCAUGCUUCAUCUCUGCUCCAAUCACAGGUCUUCUUCCUGUAAAGGAAAACUCCUUCCUAUCUCCCUGUUGCUAUGCAGUUUAGUAACUUUCCACGGCAGCCUCACAAUGACUUCACAUGCAUGUGGGUCCUGCGCCACACCCUACACAAAGCACAAAUGUGUAAUUUAAAGAUAAAAAGUAAAUUCCUGACACAUCAUUUUUCUGUUAUGCUGUUUUCUUAAGUUGCAGGGCCACCGUACAAUACCAACGUUUAAUUGUGAAAUAUCGGUGUAAACAGUUCAUGGUUAUUGCGACACCCAUUGUGGGAAAGAAGGAAAAAGAUUACCGUUUUUAUAACAAGUCAGUGUUCACUUCACCAGACGACUGAGGAUGACAACCGUCUUAAUAAAUACUAGCUAAAAUCAAGGAGAAUGGCACUGAUGUUACUAGCUAGCUGGAAAACAGAAAAUUUAAAUGACAAGCAAAGUGUACGAAAGUUCAACAGUGUCAAAUGCCCCUAAAUCAGGGCAUUUGACAAAAAUCUUCAGUCAAUUGGUUCUAAAAUCUUUUUUCUCCACAUUCACAUGCUCCUCGGAUGGUCCGAGUAAUUUAGAUCUGACAUCAUUCUUCAGACUUCAAUGUGCAAGAAAGAUGUUGAAAAAAUGGAAGCGCUGAAAGCAUUUAAACACAUUGCAUUAUUGAUCAUUGUCAGUAUUAACCAACAACAAUAUGGCGAGUGAGCAAAUGUCUCCUUUCUGAUUUUCAAGUUAGUUGUCUAUUAAAUUACUACAGACAACACUAACGUGCCUACAACUCUCAGUGCUGCAGGCCCCAUUCCAUGCAUCCCACAGAACGUCAUUUUUAGUUCUGAUAAAUGAGGCCCCGAGAUCUUUGAGUGCCUCUGCUGCAUAAAUCUAAUGAGGCAAAAGUGCAAUAUAGGAGGGAAAAAACAAACAGCUUGGGUUAGUGUCCUACUUUGUGACAUCUUCACUACUGAUGGCUCAGCUUGUCAGUAUCACAGAGUUGGUGCAUGUGACUAGCCAGCCACCCAAUCUAUCAAACCGUUGACUCUUACAUCACCCUUAGACAAGCUGAUCAACCGCUAUCUUUCACAGACUAGCAAAGGGCUGUGUUACUGUCAGCGUGUGAGGAGUGUGAGGAGUUUUCAAGGGCUGAUCCGUGUGAUUUUUUUUUCUUUUUUCCUUUUUUUUUUUGUUUUGCAUGGCUGCUGCUAGUAAAGUGCACAUUUACACGAGGAUGGAUCACGCAGGGAUUAAGAUUAGUUUGAACUCGCCUAUUAGGCAGCAGAAAUAGGGAUUUGAACCACCCGUGAGCAAAUAGUGACAAAAAACUUACACUAAGUACACCAAAUCUAAAUGAAGACAUUCUUGUUUUGCUGAUGGUGAACUUUGUUUCCAGAUUGGCUUUUUCCUCAUUUACAGCCUCACAUUAUUUACCACCCAUCGAUUUGCUAUUCGCUCACAUGUCAGAACGAAACGAUAAAGUCCAAAAGUAAGUCAGGUUUUUAAGAUGUCCAUAGUUUUGCCCCUACGUCUAUCACCGCCACAACCAUUCCACAUUGGCUCUAUUUUUUAUUCAUUCUUUUGAGAUUUGUUUUGGUUUCCUUGAAAAACUCUGUUGACAAGAACUUACAUUCCCUUGAAGACAGCAGUGGAUGUAAUAGACCCACACUUUGUGCUCCCUCCUUCCUUCAAUCUCUAGCUGUUCAUGAUCUGAGUCCUGUGGAUCUAUGCAGAUGAACCCCACCCCGAAUCAACAUACCACUUUCCAGCACCACCCCCACGCCAACCCAUCCACCGGCUCCUUGUCCUUUAUGUUGUAAAUAUGUCCUGAGGAUGUGGAAUCCCAAAUAUCUUCCCUAACCUCUCCCUACUUCCCCCACUGUUGGAAUCUCACUGUGUUUUCUGUUCGGCUCCUUGGUUUUUGUCUGUUUUUUGAGACCUUUGCUGCAUUUUUCUGUUGUCUAAAGCUGUGGUGUGAGUUGAGGAGAUGAAAGAGGUCUUAAAGGAAAAUAUACAAAAAAUGAAGCUUGGAUUGAGAAAGGGUUCAAAUAUAGAGGAAAAAAAAAUCUGAUAAAGUUGUCAUAUUGUCAUACUAGAGAUGCUUUAGUUUGCUAAUUUACUUUCUUUUUUUUCUACAAAAGACUUGGAUGAAAUUAUUUAUAAAAUGCGUCCCACGAGUCAUGACCUUUU